AUGAAGUUCCUCUGUCUACACGGUGCGAGCACCAACACCGAGAUCCUUGAGAUCCAAAUAGGUGGCCUGAGACAAAAGCUUUCUAAAAAGGGUCACACGUUCAAAUUCAUGAAUGGCAAAUUCGUCGCGCCAGUCGAAGGGGAACUCGAAGGCGUAGUAGACGGCCCCUUUUACAACCACUAUGACCGCGACAGAACCCCUGGAUCAACAGUAACAGAAGCAAUCGAGCAUACCCACCGCACAAUUGCCGAAGAAGGCCCAUUCGACGCUGUCCUAGGCUUCUCACAAGGCGCUGCACUAGCAGCCGCAAUGAUCAUCCAGCACGCAAAGAAGAACCCCGGCGCUCCGCCUCUCUUCCGCGUCGCUGUUUUCCUGUGUGGAGCUGCGCCAUGGGAGGAAUCUGGUUUGAUGCAGAUCAAAGCUGCACCGGAUACUUACCCAAUUAAUAUCCCCACGGCGAAUGUGGUGGGGAAGUUGGAUUCUAUUUAUGAUAGUAGUAUGGAGCUUUACAAGCUUUGUGAGCCUUCUAAGGCCGAGUUUUAUGAUCAUGGGUCGAAGCAUAUGGUUCCGUUUGAUGCGAAGAAUACCGAUGCCAUGGUCAGGGUUAUUGAGGCGGCUGUUGCGAAGGUUGUGGGGGUUUAG